CUUGUUUUUUUCAUGGAGAGCACAAACCCCAGGCCAGCGGAGGAGGACCGGGACUCCUCAGCGCGGAGACCUUUGCAUCAAAAUGCUGAUAGUCGAAAAAACGACUGACUACCCUUCGGCUGAGUACUCCCUGGUGGAGGAUGUAGCCCUCCACUUCACGUGUUUGAUGGACAGACUGAACGAGCAGCGCCUCUUUCAGCCGGACCUGUGCGACGUGGACAUCGUGCUGGUGCAGCACAAGAGCAUCUUCCCGGCGCACAAGGGGGUCCUGGCAGCCUACAGCCAGUUCUUCCACUCCCUCUUCACCCAGAACAAGCAGCUGCAGCGCGUGGAGCUCUCUCUGGAGGCCCUCACCUCGCAGGGCCUGCAGCAGAUCCUCAACUUCAUCUACACCUCCAAGCUGCUCGUCAACUCCUGCAAUGUGCAGGACGUGCUGAACGCGGCCGCCGUGCUGCAGAUGAACAACAUCGCGUCCUCCUGCCAGGACCUGCUGGACACGCGCUCGCUCAGCCUGGCCACCGACAUGGCCCUGCCCGCCGAGGGCUGCGCAGGACCCCCGCCCUACUACUGCGAGAUCAAGCAGGAGGUGGAUGCUCCCCACCCCAAAAUCUACGCCCGGGAGGGCAACGACCCGUUCUCGGUGCGGGUGGAGGACGGCACGGGCAGCGGGACGCUCCCCGCCGGCCCGGCCAAGCAGUACUACAAGGAGGAGAAGGAUGGAGGAGCUGGUGCUGUGUGUAAGAUGGAGGGUGAGGAGUCCGAGGAGGAUCUGGACAGCCAGGGCUCCUACAACCGCGAGCAGAUCAUCGUGGAGGUGAACCUCAACAACCAGACCCUCAACGUCUCCAAGGGCACCGAGGGGAAGGCGGCCGCCAGCGAGGCGGCGGUGAUGGGGCGGGCGGACGGGGAUGGGCGCGACACGGAGGAGGAUGGGGAGGAGGAGAAUGAGGAGGGGGAGGAGGAGGAGGAAGAGGAGGAGGAUGCGGAGGUGGGGGAGGAAGAGGAGGAGGAGCGCAGCGAGGAGGAAGAGCUGGAGGAGACGACGGAGGAAGAGGACGAUGAUGAUGAAGAUGCCUCAGAGAUGAAGAGGGAAAAGAGUGGGCAGCCCCGCAGGGGCAGCCGGGCAUCCAAAGCCACCAAACCUGCCAUGGCAACCAGGUCCCAGGAGAUGACCAAGGGGGAAGAAGAGGAGGAGGAGGAAGAAGAAGGCCAGAGGGGAAGGAAGAGAAAGAAGGAGCAAGAUGGCUUGGGCCAGAAGGUGAAGCUGGAGGAGAAGCAGCAUUACCCGUGCAAGAAGUGUCCCCGGAUCUUCAACAACCGCUGGUACCUGGAGAAGCACAUGAACGUGACGCACAGCCGGAUGCAGAUCUGCGACAAGUGCGGGAAGCGCUUCCUGCUGGAGAGCGAGCUCCUGCUGCACCACCAGACUGACUGUGAGAAGAACAUCCAGUGCGUGACGUGUGGGAAGGGGUUCAAGAAGCUCUGGUCUCUCCACGAGCACAACAAGAUCGUCCAUGGCUAUGCAGAGAAGAAGUUCUCCUGCGAGAUCUGCGAGAAGAAGUUCUACACCAUGGCCCACGUGCGCAAACACAUGGUUGCACACACCAAGGACAUGCCCUUCACCUGUGAGACCUGCGGGAAGUCCUUCAAGCGCAGCAUGUCCCUCAAGGUCCACUCGCUCCAGCACUCCGGGGAAAAGCCCUUCAAAUGCGAGAACUGCAACGAGCGCUUCCAGUACAAGUACCAGCUGCGCUCCCACAUGAGCAUCCACAUCGGCCACAAGCAGUUCAUGUGCCAGUGGUGUGGCAAGGACUUCAACAUGAAGCAGUACUUUGAUGAGCACAUGAAGACGCACACGGGGGAGAAGCCCUACAUCUGUGAGAUCUGUGGCAAGAGCUUCACCAGCCGCCCCAACAUGAAGCGGCACCGCCGGACCCACACCGGAGAGAAGCCGUACCCCUGCGACGUCUGCGGCCAGCGCUUCCGCUUCUCCAACAUGCUCAAAGCCCACAAGGAGAAAUGUUUCCGCGUCAGCAACCCCUUGGCUUCGGACACGGCCGCCCCCCAACCCGCCUCCAGCCCUGCUCCGCUGCCCCCCGGCCCUGGCGUGUCGCCCCUGCCCCUGCCGCUGCUCCAUCCUCUCCCACAGACCCUCCCUCCUCCUCCUCACCUACCGCCACCCCCUCCCCUGUUUCCCGCAGGGAGGAUAAAUUCAAACAAUAAUUAGGUGCCCCCCCCACCCCUUCCCCAUCCUGGCCAUGCACGGACUGCUCUGCCCUUUGGGAAUGCCUUUCCCCCGGGGAGGCGAGGCUUUGCUUGCUCUCUACCCCGCCCCUUCCUCCUCGUUUUGGGGUUGUUUUGGGUUUUUAUUCCUUUUUCUCACCUGUUGUUCUCAGCAGAGAGGGGGAGCUGGAAGAAUCCCCCCCCCCCAUGAAGGAGCGUGGGUGUUGGGGGGGAAUUGCCAUCCGUCCAUAAGGGUGUAGGUAAAAGGUGUCACUCUCAAUUCCAUCUUCCCACACGCCAGCUUCAUCCUCCUGCUGGGGUGCUGGUGAGGCUGGGAGGAGCAGGAUAUCUGGCCUUGAGCUUGCUGGCCGGUGCAUCAAUAUUUCGAAGCCGAAUUCUAGUUAGUGGUGCUUGAAUCCCUGUACUGUAAAGCUGGUCUUUCAAGUCAGGCUCUUCACCCACGGGGCUGGGAGGUGGGCACCCCCCAGGAGCUCACCACUGCCAGCCCCAGUGGCCCGUGGGGAGCGAGCAGAUGCCCCAUUUGGAAAGCCAUUAGCGUGCUCUCGUUAGCAGCCCUCCACACGUCUUCCUGCCCUACAACAGGUUUUCCUCCUCCACAGGCAAAAGCACAAACACCCACCUUGCAUCUCGGGGCAUCUGCAGCUCGCUGUCGGUUCAGUUUCGGGGUGCCCUAAGGGAGCUGGGUUCUGGCGUGCCCUUUCUGCUAAUCCCAGCAGGAGCUGGGCUCCUGGGAUGCUCUGGAGCCAGGAGCUGUUUCUGGGAGAGCUCAGAGCCCUUUGGGACCGGCAGGAGGGUAGCCUGGGGCAGAGGAGCAGGACGUUUCUGUUUCUCGGCAGAAUCGGCCCAGAAUAGUGCCUUAACAAUCCGAAAAACCCCUGAGGGACUGAUGGGCGAGCUCCAGGGCAGUCCUGCUGCAAGGUUCAGAGCUAAAGCAAGACCCUCUUCAGCCUGGGGGUGAUGAUGCCCCAGUCUCCAGUUUGUUGCCUGCGUUGCUCUCCCACGCUUCACUUCUUGUGGUGCUGGCAUCCGUUGCCCUGUCCUGGUUUGGGGGGACCAGAGGGGACCAGUGAGGGCUGUGGUUGUUCUGGCGAUGCCCUGUGGUGUUGCUUAGUGCUUGUUGUAGGUGUUGAAGUUGAGCUGGUCUUUGGUUUCACUCACAAAUAAUACCGUUGGCUUCAUGCUGAGGAGAAGGAGGAGGAGGAAGGCUUUGCUGUCACCUUUUUGUUGGGCACUGAGGUCCCAGCAGGGUCUCUCACUGCUGUGCUCUGCACCAUUGUCCUGACCGUGGCUAUGUGGUCCCCUUUGGGGUCAGAGAGCACACAACACAGGCAGAGAAGGGCUGGCAGGAGGUGGGGGCUGUUCCAGCUGAUCCCAUACUUCCAAAGGCAGUGUUGAGGUCACCUCGGUGGGUCAUGUCAUGGAGGGUAUGGAGACGCUGAAAUAAGAAGGAAAGAGGUCACUGAGUGGGCUGCAGGAGCCUCUUCUCAUAUACAGCUUGUGCUGGGUGACAGCAGAGUGCUGGGGACAGGGAGACACAUCUGGCUCUGUGAAAAUCUUGGUGCUUCGUCUUCUGGACCAAAUCAGCAAAGCACCAGGGCAUCAUUGAGGCUGUCCCUGCAGAGGGGUCAGCCACAUGCUCAGGGGCUUUGCUGACUGGGGACAUGCAGGAGCCUGACAGGGACAGGACCAGGGAGCAUCUGAUGCUCUCCUGAGUGCUCUCUGAGGUGACUGCUGUCACCUCCUGCUGAGUGGUGCCCCACUGGUGCCUGGCAUCUUGGGAAAGCUGAUGUUAGCAUUUGGGAGCCACAAAGUCCUUUUUGUCUUCAUGUUGUCUGGGGUCAUGUGGAUCCUGUGAUCCCCAGCAUGGCUCUCAGCAUCAGUGAGCUCAUCCCCAUCUCCAUCUGCUCCAAGCACAAGGAGGUUGCUAUGGCAGAGCUGCCUCACCACAUUGACCUUCUCAGCUGGGUUCCAAAGGCUUCUCUGCUGUCCCCCUCCAUGACCCUGGGGCUCGUUGGGAUGGUGCAAAGCCUUCUCAAACACACCUGUGAGGGAUGAGGGCUCUUGAGGCCAUUGGUUGUUUGAAGGGACCAUGACCCACUGGAAGAUGUUUGCUUUAGGGAAGCAUUCAGUGAAACCCAUGGAGGUGUUGGAGUGGUCUGUGCUGUCUCCUCCUCUGCUGCCUCCCAGGUCCCAUCCCCUUGGGCUUCCUUGUGCUUCUUUCCCUUCAAGCUCAGCCUUGAGACAGGAUGGGAGUGCUGUGCCCUGAGGAGGGCUCACCUUGUUUUUAUGGUCUUCUGUGAUGGAGCCCAUCAGCUGACAGACUUCCCCCCAUGUAAACACCCACAUCAACAUUGUGCUCCCUUAUUCCACCCACCUGGAGGUGGCUUUCUCUGUUCCUAUCCCGGUUCAUCUUCUCCCAGUGAGGACCUGCCUCCCUUGGACGUCUCUGUGAGAUGAGAGCACUCCCUUGAGGCUGGGAGCCCAGCAGAAAGCCCAGUGACUGAUCCCAGCCGUGUGAUCCCCCUCAAGAGCCUGCUCGUGGAGCCACUUGGAGACGUCGAGAUGUGACCAUGCACUCAGCACUUUGGAGAACCAGAUCCCUGCUGCUCCCUCCCCUCUCCAAGGCCUGGGGAGCUCCCAGGAGUCCUACAAGGCCUCUGAGCCCUUUUGUCUACACCCUGGCUCACCCCAGUGUGUCCUCAUGUCUGGUUUUGGUUGGCAUACUGAGAGCUCAGACCAGUCGCUCCCGCAGUGCCUCGCCCAUCCCGGAUCCAUCCCGGCCGGCGCUGUCGCACCCCUUGGGGUCAGACAGGCCAGGAGGCAGGAGAGUUGGGUCCGUUGUUUUCAAGCUUUUUA